AUGAAGAAGCCCGCAAGUGUCGGUGGUGUCGCUGGCCUGGUGGACUUCGCGAAAGGAAAGGAUGAGGAGGAGGUCAGGGACCGCACGAAACAACGCAAGCUGGAAGACACCUUCGAUCAGUUGCCGCAGGAGUGCCAGGAUGCCAUCCUUGACCUCAAAAAUGGGGGUGGCAACAGAGACAAAGUGACGAAGAUCAUCAACGCCUUGGUCCACCGGGCGCCGGAUGGCAAACUCGUGGUGAAAACCGGCGGGUGCGACGAGCUCUGGAAGCAGGUAUCGGGGAGAAAAUCUACAUUGGAGAAAGCGGGCAACCUGACGUCGAAGCUGGUAUCGGCAGUGAAGAAAACCAUGAAGAAGUACGGCUACGGCGAGAUCGGCCGAACGCUCAAGUUUAAGGCGCGGGGCUGCGAGCUCUGGGUGUCGCUGCUGGAGAAGGCCAUGGCGAAGGUCGGAGGCGGCUCCUACGAGAUGGAGGGCUCGAACCCAGGCACCGACGCCUUCCACCUCACCGGCUGGCUCCCGGAGAGCCUCCCGCUGGGCAGGCAGAGCCGCGAGGAGCUCGACCAGAGCUACGACGCUUUCCUGGAAGGCUGGCGGGCGGGCGACUGCGUGGUGUGCGUCGGCACCACCCGCCUCGCGGACGCCGUCGGGCACGAGGAGGCGCGGCGGCGGGGCUACACCGAGGGCGUGAGCCCGUCGACGGGCCUGGUGGCCAACCACGCGUACCCGGUCCUGGACCUCCGCAGUGUGCGCGGCACGCGCCUGCUGCUGCUGAAGAACCCCUGGGGCCGCGUGCGCUGGCGCGGCCGCUGGUGCCCCGGCGACAGGUCGUGGCAGGCCGACGCGGCCGCCCAGGAGGCGGUGGGCGACGCGCUCACGACGGUCGCUGGCCAGGAGGCCUGGGUGGAGGCGGAGGCUGGUGCCAGCGAGAAGGCGGAGGCGCAGCCGGUCCCCUCGCCUGCAAGGACGACGGCCUCUUCUGGAUAGAGUGGCACGACGUGGCGCGAUACUUCAGCCACCUCUAUUUGUGCUGGGCGCCUCACAGGCUGGCCUUGCACCGGCUGGAGGC